UCUAUCUCCUUCUUCUCUCUCUCUCUCUCUCUCUCUCUCUUUCCUUCACACACACACUCUCUUUCUCUAUCUCUAUCUCUCUUUCUCUCACCUCUCCUCUCCUUAUAUGGUCAGGCCCCACCCCCCGCUGUGAUGUCGUCAGCGGCUCAGAGGAAGACCCGUGGGGUUUUUGGGUUUUGGCGUCCAGUCCUGUGGGGCCACAGGGCUGAGAGUUUCUCCUCCGCUCCUCAUCCCUCCAUCAUCGGCCUGCCUCUCCUCCUCUCUCCUCCUCUCUUUGGGGAAAAGAAAAAAGAUUUGCCGGACCCGGCUCUGUUUUCCCCUCGUUUUCUCGUCCUCUGAGGAUUUUAUUUCUCUUUCUUUUUCCUCCUCCUCCUUCCUUUCCUUCACGCCGGGUUUCAACACGACAGCCAAGACUCUGAAUUUUUUAAAUAAUCUCUAAAAAACUCAGGAUUUUUUCUGAGUAAAAAGUUGAAUUCAAUCUGAAAAAGACAAAAAGUUCUGCAGCAGAAUAAAACUCUUUCUUUUCUCUCUGCUCAAAUCUGCUCUUUUUCUUCCUGUUUCUCCGUCUUCCCUCGUUCCUCCGUACGGCCGGUUUCAGACUUCCAGGUUUCAUCAAGAAACUGUCGACCAGACCACCGAGCGUGCGUCCGUCCUGCAGAGCUGAGCUUUUUUUUCUGUAGGACUUUUCUGUUUUUGCUGCAGGUUUUUUCCUUCGCCUCGUUUUUUUCCUCAUUUCCUUCGUGGUCGUGUGGCGGCGGUCGGAGUGUCGGGGCCCCGGAGAUGUUCGGGAUCCAGGACAACCUGCCCCGCGGGGCCACGGCCAGCAUGAAGGAGGAGCCACUGGCCGUUCGCUCUUGGAUGCACUCGGCCGGUGUGGUGGACGCCAACACGGCCGCUCAGAGCGGGGUGGGGUUAGCUCGUGCUCACUUUGAGAAGCAGCCUCCAUCCAACCUGAGGAAGUCCAACUUCUUCCACUUCGUGCUGGCGCUGUACGACCGGCAGGGCCAGCCGGUCGAGAUCGAACGCACGGCCUACGUUGACUUCGUGGAGAAAGAGAAGGAGCCGACAGGAGAGAAAACCAACAAUGGGAUUCACUACAAACUGCAGCUGCUCUACAGUAACGGAGUGAGAACGGAGCAGGAUCUCUACGUCCGGCUGAUUGACUCCAUGACCAAACAGGCGAUCAUCUAUGAAGGUCAGGACAAGAAUCCAGAGAUGUGCCGAGUUCUGCUGACACACGAGAUCAUGUGCAGUCGCUGCUGUGAUAAGAAGAGCUGUGGAAACCGAAACGAGACGCCGUCAGACCCCGUCAUCAUCGACAGGUUCUUCUUGAAGUUUUUCCUGAAGUGUAACCAGAACUGUCUGAAAAAUGCUGGAAACCCUCGAGACAUGAGGAGGUUUCAGGUGGUGGUGUCUACGACGGUGAACGUGGACGGUCACGUUCUCGCCGUCUCCGAUAACAUGUUCGUGCACAACAACUCCAAACAUGGCCGCCGAGCCCGGAGACUGGACCCAUCUGAAGCAGCCACUCCCUGUAUUAAAGCCAUCAGUCCCAGUGAGGGCUGGACGACGGGGGGAGCCACAGUCAUUCUUAUCGGAGACAACUUCUUUGACGGCCUGCAGGUUGUCUUCGGGACAAUGUUGGUGUGGAGCGAGCUGAUCACCCCUCACGCCAUUCGUGUCCAGACUCCCCCCCGACACAUCCCCGGGGUCGUCGAGGUCACGCUGUCCUACAAAUCCAAACAGUUCUGUAAAGGUGCACCGGGACGUUUCGUCUACACAGCAUUAAACGAGCCCACUAUAGACUACGGCUUCCAGAGGUUACAGAAGGUCAUUCCUCGUCACCCUGGAGACCCUGAGAGACUGCCCAAGGAGGUGCUGUUGAAGAGAGCAGCUGACCUGGUGGAGGCGCUGUACGGGAUGCCUCAUAACAACCAGGAGAUCAUCCUGAAGAGAGCGGCGGACAUCGCUGAAGCUCUCUACAGCGUUCCCAGGAACCACAACCAGAUCCCAUCACUAGGCAACAGCGCCUCCCACAGCAUGAUGGGAGUAAACUCCUUCAGUGGACAGCUGGCCGUCAACGUCUCGGACACAACGCAAGUUGGUUACAGUCGUAACACCAGCAGCGUGUCACCGCGGGGAUACGUCCCAAGCUCCACGCCACAGCAGAGUAACUACGGCAACACCGUGAGCAACAGCAUGAACGGCUACGGCAACACCGGCAUGCCAAACCUCGGCGUGGCAACAUCACCGGGUUUCCUCAACGGGUCAUCUGCCAACUCUCCCUAUGGCAGUAAGUAUCAAGUUGUUCCCUCCAGCCCGACCAUGGCGGUGUCAAACUGUAACUCCUCUCAUGGAGUUUUCUCCUUCUCUGCUGCCGUCAAACAGAAGAGCGCCUUCGCUCCUGUUGUCCGACCGCCUGCUUCACCUCCUCCUCCACCAAACUGCUCCGCCAGCAACGCCAAUGGGCUGCAAGCCAUGUCCGGCCUCGUCGUCCCUCCAAUGUAAGAAUUCCUCCUCCUCGUUCCUCGCGUCUAUCCUCCCCCAUUGGCAGCGAGCACCAAUCACCUCAGAGGAGGAGGGGCCUCAGGCAGCAGUUGACCAGUCAGGAGAGAGUACUGAUCCUGUCCAUCAAAGUUGUCCCUGGAUGGACCCUCUGGUCUUUAAAGAAGAAGAUAAACAGGACUUUUUGUACAGUGGUUUUCUCUGGGUGCUUUCAGCUCUCUGUAAUUAUUCUGAUGUUACACACUGUGUUUGGGGGUGGGGUCUGUUGGUGAAAAAAUGAUGAUGUCACACCUGUGACGUGAGAUCAUUUCCUGUACGUGUGAUGUAAUUCUGGUCGAAGAAACGAGAACAGAUCCAAAUCAGAUCUGAAGAUUUUAACUAUUAAAGGUCCCAGAAAAUGUAAAGACAUCGAACACUUAAAAAAAAAAUGAAAUCUGGUUGCCAUGGACACCAUCGCACUUAGGAGCAGAUAAAGUUGUCUUCCUGUCAGGUGGUAAAUGCCUCAGCAAACACCUGCCCUUUUUAAUCCUGAUGAAACUCAGUGAGGAAGGACAAACAGGACGCUUCCCAUCAUGCAUCAGAUUUCCCAUUUAAAUCCACCUGACUGAGGAUGCCUUCACUUUGGGGGCAGAGAAGAUAAGAGGAGUCCCAAUUAGAAAGAAAGAAAGUGGAAAGAUCCUUCCCUGAGAAUCAAGGUGGAAGGACGCUGCCAAGUUAGGGGACAAGAGAGACAGAAACUCCCUGUCCAGAGACGACAGGGCAGCCUGAGCUCAGCCAGACAGCACUGUGAACCGUAGACAAACCCAGGUUUAAUGGAUUCAGUUUGAUAUUUCUCAGUGUUUCACUCCUCAGACAGUCCACUCUGUAAUCAGCUGCUAACACGUCCUCCAUCUCACCAUCACCACAUGGACACGGACACAGCGUCGUCCCAGCUCAGAUAAAACGGUGCCUGUGAAAACAGGUGGACUUGGUCCUGAUUGGCUGUCCUCACUGAGAAAUCCGUCAAAUGUCUUCAAUCAAAUCUUUGUCUGGGUUUGAAGCCAACGCCACCUGGUGGUUUACCUCUGCUACCGUCAGCCAAUGAGAAUCCAGAACCGUGAUGACUCGGGCCGCACAUGAACUCGGUUGGACGUGAUUUUAUCUGUGAAACAUCACAAAGACAAGGCUUCAAACUCGGAGCCCAGAGAUUUGAAACCGGAAUAAUUCGGGGCUUUUAUGGAUUUUUAUUGAAAACCUGAGCCUUGUUGCUAAACUCCACACAAAGACUUGAGCUGUUGUGAUAAAUCCUCUGAAAGCGCAGUGAAGAAAAAAAGGAAUGAAAAUGAUCUUAACCCCCUUCCCUGGCCCCGCCCCUUCUUCCUUUAGCCCCGCCCCCUCCCGUGUGUGUAUUUAUUUAUUUAUUUUUUGCUCGCACUGUAAAAACAAAUCUUGCAUCCUGAUAGGCUACUGUGACUGUCUGUCUUCUUGUUCAGAGUUGUCUUUUUAAUUAUAGUCCCUCUCACUACUCCCUAAGCCCCGCCUCCAGCACUUGACACCCCCGGUGUUUUCUCUGUCAUAGGCUCAGUAUUAAAACGUCACUGUGGUUGAUCCCCCGCCCCCCGCCCCGCCCCCGACCCCCGUCCCCCGUCCCCCGUCCCCCGUCCCCGACCCCCGUCCCCCGUCCCCGACCCCCGUCCCCGUCACUGAGCUCACCGAGGGAAACUCUGUAACAUACAGAUUAUAAAUAGUGUAUUUAUAUCUCAGACAGUUUUUGUAUAAAUGUCGAGUUAUGUUGUCUUCAUGGGGUUUUAGACGUGUGUGUAUGUGGUGGUGCCACACUGAACAGCUGACCAUUGUUUUGUAUGAAAAUAACUGAACGUUAAUGUCUUCACACAUUUAUAGCACCGUCCAAUCAGCUGCACCCGUUUUGUUUUUUGCUGUUUUUAAUGUAAAUCUGGUUUUAAUGACUGAACUGAAACGAUUUCCUCACAGUGAAUAAAGUCAGCGGGUCGCUCCGA